ACUGGCAUCUUUCUCAACAUUUAUCUCUUGUUCAAAGAGUGUUGCAAGCUAGAUCCUUAUCUUGGAGACACAUUAAAGAAACAAAAAAUAAUUACACAGCACAAGUCUUCAGCAAUCUUUCCCCUACGAAGUGCCCCAAUAAACGCCUUCUCCAGAAAGAAUGUUUCGAUUCGUUCUUGUCCUGAGUUUGCCGCUACUGACCCUUUGUCAGGUGGACAUUACAGCUCUAGGAAAUUAUGAAUUUAACAAAUUCGAUAUUGAUCAGGAUGGCAACAUUGAGCCUUUGGAAAUGUACCAGUACUUCGCACGUUUCGACGCCAACCACGACAACAGAAUCUCAAGACAAGAGUACGCCAAGGAGGUGGAGACUCACCACGUGAACAACCCUUCAGCACAGCAGGUUCUCUUGAGACUCUUCGACGCCAUGGACUUUGACAACGACAACCACCUGGACGAGCCUGACUACGCUGAUAUCUUCAUGGCUGCUGACUCCAACAACAACAAGCUCGUGAGCCAGCAGGAGUUCCUCAGAUAUUUCUACGACCUGACAGGCAUUGAUCCAGUUGGAAAAUAAACAUUGAAACUACUAGCUAUAACUUGCUUCCAGAUCAUAGUUUUGCUUGUAACGGGGAUUUUUUGAGUUAUCUUUUUUUUUUUUUUUUUUCAAAUCCUCUUCUUAAAUAAAUUAUAUCAUUAAACUUUA